AUGUAUUCAGUUACGAUGAACGCAGGAGAAAAAGAGCGCUUCAUCAAUGACGAGGUGUUCGCAAAAUCCGUGUGGAAUUUCGGACGUAAAAAAACUCCUGCCUCGAACCAAAUGGAAAACAAUAAGUCAGAGUUGGUAAACCGCGCCCUGGGCCUGCGGAAUGUGGAUCGAAGGCCACAAAAAGGUGCCCCCGAGGACAAAAGCUAG